AUGUCUACUUCCGUCUGGCCUUCUUUACCUGUCCAUGAGUUGAGGAAAGAAGAGGACGAUUCUACGGAACGCGAGCUAUCAUGGCUUCUAGAAUCACUACAGGAAACAUUGGCUUCACUUAAAACGGGCUUAGAAGAUUGUUAUGCGCUUCUCGCGCCUGUUGAGCCGGGGUCUACACUUGUUAUGUCAUCACCUCGUUCCGAGUAUUUGAAGGGCCAUAUUACACGUGUUGGAACUCAGGUUGUCAAAGGAACCCUCCACCUGCGCCUCAAAUCUCUCCCACCGUCCUCGUUUUCACUGUCACCAACUUUACCCCUUCUCCUUGAACCGCUCACUCAACUCCGCACCCUCCUAAAUCAAAGUCUUGAUUGUGUUGACAUAACUCGCUGGACCGGUGAUCGUCAUUCUGCGCCUUUUAUAUCCUCCCAAUUGCAUCUUCUCCAUAGUAUCCUCACCGAGGCCAAGCUCGUCCUCAAAGGUCCCUCUCUGCUCGAAUCUCCCACACAAACCCCCGCAUCUUUGAACUGGGCGCAUAACCCUGUUGAUCCCGAUACUUUCGCCCCAUCCUUACCAUCCAAUCUCUCUCUCGAUCUUACAAUCUCCGAUGGCUCAUUACUGCUCACCAUUCGAGUUCUUGAACCUGUAGCACAACAAGUCAAUCUUGGGAGCAGGAUAGCUUUUGCGAUAGGAGCCCAAAGAAGAUUGGAGCAUGAUGAGAUGGAUGAGGUCUUCAUGUUCAAAGGUGAAGAGGUUAGGGUUAAGGAAAAGGUCAGGGUCGAGAGUGCAGACCCAAGGUUAAUGAGUGUUUUGGCUAAAGUGGCGGCCCUAGAGCAUACAGUUGAAGGGGCGAGGGCUGGUUUGAAAAUCGUUAUGGGAGGUGAUGGGCUGGAGGCUGAAGACUAG